CUUCCACGUACAUUUCUAUGCCAACACGUCCGCGAUAAUUCGAAAGCGUAGAGAGUGUAUAUUAAAAAAAGAAAUGCACCGCGCUAAUGUCGAUGUAACUAACUAAAAUAGGGAGUUGCAAAAUUCGGAUGACGCUCGUGGCAGGGUAUAGAUGAAUCCGAGCAUAUAUAAUAGAUGCAUACCUCGAAUCCGGAAUUUUAGUCCGAUAAUAGAUCGCUAUUGGUACUUAUUCACCAUUUUCCCUUUCACGAUCUCGUCUUCGACGAAGUCCGGCGGUUCUCCUCCGCCGCACCGUCAGAGCCCUCUCCGUUCGCAGCUUUAUAUUGGCCAUCGCCAUUGUUCCUCCUCGCAGUGCUUUUAAAUGUGUUCACGUGUUCCGUUCGACUAUCGCCGAGCGGAUCCGGGUUCCCGUCGCUAGCCAUUAUCGGUGAACCGUGAUCAGUGAUCUCUUUGUUGUUAACGUUCCUUAGAAUGUAGCAGCGAUCGUCGAUCGUCCCGUUGUUCUGUGACGACGCGCAGUCCGUAGCAGUAAUGACAAUCGCAUCGGGUGGAACAAGUGUACACGUUCUUCGUACCCGUUCGAUUUAAAUGUAAAAGACGGGACAUGUGCUAUUUAAACGGUGGCUAUUAAAUGUGAUACGUAUCCGUAUGAGAUAUUAGGCGAUAAGAUGGCAAAGGACGAAGGGGACGACCUCUUGCCGGACAAGGACGCGGCCAAGGGAUUUUACGCAAAGUACGAGCCGAAGGAAAUCCUUGGAAGAGGGAUAUCCUCUACCGUAAGGAGAUGUAUAGAGAAAGAAACAGGCGUAGAGUAUGCAGCGAAGAUUAUUGACAUUAGUAAUGAAAACGAGGAUGGGCAUACGAUGAAGGACGCUACGUUACAGGAAGUAAACAUUCUUCGCAGAGUAGCUGGCCAUCCUUAUAUCAUCGAGUUGCACGACGUCUUCGAAUCUAGUACGUUCAUAUUUUUAAUAUUCGAAAUCUGCAAGAACGGUGAACUGUUCGACUACCUCACGUCCGUUGUUACUCUCUCCGAGAAGAAGACACGUUACAUCAUGAGACAAGUUUUCGAGGGAGUACAGAAUGUACAUAAUCAAGGGAUAGUGCACAGGGAUUUGAAACCAGAGAAUAUACUACUCGACGAUAAUCUAAAUGUUAAGAUAACAGAUUUUGGAUUUGCUAGGAUAUUGAAAGUGGGAGAUAAAUUGUUCGAUCUUUGCGGAACACCAGGAUAUUUGGCGCCAGAGGUUCUUAAGUGUAAUAUGUUUGAAAAUGCCGAGGGCUAUGGGUAUGAAGUUGAUAUAUGGGCGUGUGGAGUUAUCAUGUUUACUUUAUUGGUCGGGUGCCCUCCUUUUUGGCACAGGAAGCAGAUGGUGAUGCUUAGAAAUAUUAUGGAAGGAAAAUACUCGUUCACGUCCCCAGAAUGGGCAGACAUAACAGAAGCUCCUAAAGAUCUGAUAAGAAAAUUAUUAGUUGUCGAUCCCAAGAAGAGAAUUAGUAUUGUGGAUGCGUUACAACAUUCGUUCUUCCACACAGUGCUAUGGGAUCAAGACAUCGCACCAUUAAAACGUUCACUGUCAACUAAUUCGCGGCGUCUGAGUAGGAUAUCUCAGUUAGCUUUGGAAUUGAAGGCGAAAUCGUUUAACGCAAGAAAAAGAUUCCAGCUAGCAAUAAUUUGUGUUCGGGCGGUCGUUCGUAUCAAACGGCUUCACACUACGCCUGAGCCUCUCUCGACUCAAGUGGCAUGCACCGAUCCUUAUAGAAUCAAAGUUUUACGCAAGGUUAUUGAUGGUUGUGCGUUCCGCGUGUACGGUCACUGGGUAAAGAAAGGAGAAGGGCAGAAUCGCGCUGCGCUGUUCGAAAACACGCCAAAGACAGAGCUUAAGCAUCUUUACGUUAGUAAUCUGAGCAGAUAACCGAUGCUCUAACGAGAGGCAUUGUCUAGUUAAAAUUGUUAAUUUUUAUCAUAGAUGACAUUACACGGUAUCUAAGGAAAGCUGAAGAAAUAAAUAAGUUGUAUAGCAGGGUGAAACUAUUUUUGUUGAUAUUGGUUGUAGUACGAAUAAUCAUUUCGCAAAAUUUGUUACGACGGCUGGAGGCGGCGAUUCGUUAGUGAUUUUUACUAGUUCGUUGUUACAAGACAAUAAGGUAAAUGUGUAAUAUUUUCAUAAGGAAAUAAUUGGAUCGUUUAGUGAUCGAAAUUUAAUUCGUCUCUCGAACAAUUUUAUAUUAUUUAUUUAGAGAACAAAUUUUAUAUUAUUUCCAUUAUAUUAUAGCAUUGCUCGGCGUGUACAUGACAUUUAAAAAUGUGUUAAUUACCAAUUAUGUUACCUGUACAUUGUUAAUGUAACAUUUCCUAGAGUGUAUUUCGUGUAUAAGUGAAGUAUUAUAUCGAAAACGGCUUCCUAAUCUCUAUUUAAAAAAAAGAAAAUUCUUUUUUUUUUUCUUAAAUUUCUAGCCAAUUUUCUUUACAGUAUUUCUCGUUCGUUUUUUUUGUAGUACUAUAUGUAACAUAUGUAAUUUAUGUUCGAACGUCGGAUAGAUCUUAAAUGGAAAUUCUUGCAUGUGCCUAAUGUUCAGAGAAAAGUCUUAGACGAUUGUGUACUGAAUUGAAAACACGGUGCUGACACGUACAAACAUAACGUUACACUGUACAAUUCUAACGAGGUACUUUUUUUAUUCUAUGAUUAUUUUUCUCAUGUUUCCAGGUUAUCUUGUCAAGAUUUAAUAAUUAUACAAGAUAAAUAUAUAUGUAUACAAUGUAUUACGAAUCAGCAAACUUUACAAAAUUUAAUUAGAACUAAUAAUUUUACUGUAUUUAAGUAAUGUAUAAUAGGAAACAAGAAAUGAAGGUGUUUCAGAAAGAUUAGAAGAGAAUUUUAAUUUAUGAAACGAUUUAAACCUCUGUAAGAAGAAUCUUUUCAGGAUAGUUUAAUAGUGAGUCUCAGUGCUUCCCAAUGCAAAACGUAUUGAUGUUGCGUACUCAGAUCUGUGUAUAGAUAAUGAAAUGUAAUAUUUUUCGAAAGUUCUAGUCAUAUAUUUUGUACUGCUGAAUUUGUUUUAGAUUAUGAAUUAUAGCAGGAAGAAAGUGUAUGAGAGAGUCGACGAGAGAAAAUUGAAAACCGCUCGAUUUUUGAUUAAUUAAGGCAGAGUAUAAAAAUAACACACGUAUAUUUUGGAAAGCAGAUUCGCACGCGAUAGAUACUUUUUCUUGACAACGUUUGUGUCUCGAUGAAAGCAGUGGGCUUUCAUUAUUAUUCUCGCUGUUAAAGCAACACUACUGGCAAGGUGAUUAAGUAUUCUAUUUAAUCAUUCGUUGCGUAAUAAGUAAAACUGUACAAUUCGCAAAUGUACUUUUGCGUAAUUGUUAUAAGUGUGUUAUUUAUUUCUGUAGUGAUACGUUCUCGAGAAAAGAGGAUCACUUACAUGUUUAGUUCUGGCUAUAAACGAUAUCUAAAUUAUUUAAAAUCCUAUGUAUUUUUAAUAAUAAAACUAUAUUACACCUCGAAA